AUGGGCAUGGUGUUCGGAAAAAUCCCCGUCGAAACGCCGAAGCACGAAGUAAUUCACUCCACAAAUGACUACGAAAUCCGCAAAUAUCCACCAGCUGUAAUAGCAGAAGUGACCUACGACCCGAUCCAGUUCAAGGGCGACAAAGAUGGCGGUUUCACUGUGCUAGCCAAUUACAUAGGAGCAUUUGGCAACCCGCAGAAUACUAAACCCGAAAAAAUCGCCAUGACCUCUCCGGUGAUAACCAAGGAAUCAGAAAAUAUCGCCAUGACCGCCCCUGUAGUGACGAAAACACCCGGAAAUAAUAAGUUGGUGAGUAUGCAGUUUUUAUUGCCGUCAAAAUACACCAGGGCAGAUGAUGCGCCGCGGCCGGUGGAUGAACGGGUGGUGAUAAGGGAGGAGGGAGAGAGGAAAUACGGGGUGGUGCGGUUUAGUUGGGUGGCUAGUGAUAAGGUUGUGGCGGAGAAGGUGGAGAAUUUGAAGAAAUGGUUGGCAAGAGAUGGGUACAAGGUGAGUGGGGAUUUUGUUUUGGCUAGGUAUAAUCCUCCUUGGACUUUGCCUCCAUUUAGGACUAAUGAGGUUUUUAUUCCAAUUGAGUGA